AUGGACAUCUAUACCUACACCGUCGAGCAAUUGUUGGCCUUAGAAGAAGACCCAGCUUUACAAUUAAGUCAAUUCAAUAACGACAUUGCUUGGAAAUUGGGUAACCACGCCAGAUCUUUGGCCGUUGAAAAAUUCCCUGGUAAAGCUAUAGUCAUUGACAUUGCCUUAACUUCAGGACAUAUUUUAUUCAGAACCACCACUGCUUCGGGAACUGCUGAAGAUAAUGACCAUUGGGUCCAAAGAAAGAAGAACACCGUCACCAGAAUUGGGAAAUCAUCUUUCUUAGUGGGUCAAAAAUUAAGAUUAAGUAAUCGCACUAUUGAAGAAGGUUUACUCAUUUCUUCCAUGGAAUUUGCUGCUCAUGGAGGUUGUGUUCCAUUGAGAUUGAAAGGAUUUGAUAAUUUGAUCGGUACAUUGACUAUCAGUGGUUUGAAACAGGAACAAGAUCAUUUAUUGGCACUUGAGAUAUUGAAGACUUUUGAGAGUGCUUAA